GGGGGGCCAUGGCGUCCCGGGCGGGCCCGCGAGCGGCCGGCACCGACGGCAGCGACUUCCAGCACCGCGAGCGCGUCGCCAUGCACUACCAGAUGAGCGUGACCCUCAAGUACGAGAUCAAGAAGCUCAUCUACGUACACCUGGUCCUCUGGCUGCUGCUGGUCGCCAAGAUGGCCGUGGGGCACCUCAAGCUCCUGUCCCACGACCAGGUGGCCAUGCCCUACCAGUGGGAGUACCCGUACCUGCUGAGCGUCGCGCCCUCCCUGCUGGGCCUCCUGUCCUUCCCCCGCAACAACAUCAGCUACCUGGUGCUGUCCAUGAUCAGCAUGGGGCUCUUCUCCAUCGCGCCCCUCAUCUACGGCAGCAUGGAGAUGUUCCCUGCCGCACAGCAGCUCUACCGGCACGGCAAGGCCUACCGCUUCCUCUUCGGCUUCUCGGCUGUGUCCGUCAUGUACCUGGUGCUGGUGCUGGCAGUGCAGGUGCACGCCUGGCAGCUCUACUACAGCAAGAAGCUCCUGGACUCCUGGUUCACCAGCACGCAGGAGAAGAAGCGGAAGUGAGGCCCGCCUGGCCACCUCUGGCUCUGUGGGCAUGGCCAAGAGAGGGGCCCGGGGUUCGGGCCUAGUCUCCUGGGGUGAUCAUGGAUGUCACGCCAGUCCAGGAGCCCUGGGGAGUGCCCCAUCGCCGUCGGUCACGGUGGCAGAGCUAUGUUUAAUUUAUUCCCGCGCGGCUGGACCCAGAUGGCCAGC